AUGUCUCCAAUGGAGUUGAUCGGUCUCGUUUUCUUCCACGUCAUUUCGGUGUCGUUAGGGCAAAACCCAUUAGGAUUUCACAUUCAGCACGCAAAUUCAGCAUAUCCGAAGAUAAGAUCAGUCUUACCCAGUCACACUGAAUAUGAUCUGGGGAUGACCGUUUGGCAUUCUGGCCACCAUAGUGACCCUUACACUCGCGAACAUGUUCACGAACGUCAGCGACGAGACGGCAUGUUCGGUAACUUUGAUCCAAAUAAGUUCAACUCACAAAUUGGGGCGAACUUUAAUCCAAAUGCCUUCGGUGGUGGAGGUGGCUCCAGUGGAGGAAGUACAAGUGGGAGUGCGAGCUUCAAUCCCAAUUCCUUCGGAGGUGGAGGUGGUACCAGUGGAGGAAGUACAAGUGGGAGUGCGAGCUUCAAUCCCAAUUCCUUCGGAGGUGGAGGUAGCACCAGUGGCGGUAAUCAGUGUAUGUCCAUGUUUAAUCCAAAUGCCAUGACGUCUGGUGGAACCGGAACUGGUGGCACCUCGAGUGCAACACAACAAUCUUCUGGAACAGGAACAGGAAGUCAGCCAUCAGGAGGUUCAGCAGUGGGCGGUACUAUGACGGGAGGACCUUCUGCCAUGACGGGUUCAUCAGGAGGGAUCCCGAGUUACGAUCCUAACAAUGUAAUUAAUACAGGAGCCAAAUACGACCCCAAUGCAGCGAACUCGGGACCUGGUACCGGAGGUUCGUCGCCAUCUUUUGCAAACGGAAUGGGCAUGAAUGCAUCCCAGAAUAUUCCAUCUGGUGGGGCUUUUGGAGGCGGAAAUGGAGGGGGUGCAUCUGCAGGAGGAGCAACAAGCCCAACAGAAAGCGGAGGAUCUCCAUCUGGUUCGAACCCUGCAUCUGCGUUUGGGAGCGCGUCCAAUCAGGCAUCCUCUUUUGGAAGUGCUACAGGUACUGCUGGUGGCCAGGGAACCGGCGCUUCCAGUUCAUCACAGUCCAGCAGUGGAUCUGGAAGUACAUCACAAGGCGGUGGUAUGAGUCCAAUGACAGGAGGAUCUGCUAACAAUGUACCACCGGGCACCUCAGGAACUGGUACUUCCGGAGGUGGUACAGGAACACCAAAGUUUGAUCCUAUUGCAACAAAUUCCAUGGCGACCUCUGGCUUCAAUCCACUAAAUCCUAUGAUGGGCAAAGAUAUGAGUUUGGUCAUGGGUCCUCAGGCACAAUCAGGUUCGGGUGGAAGCAAUGUGGGUAACUUUAAUCCGGGUCAAAUGAACGCUCAACUUGGCAAACAGGGAAUGAGCCUGAACAUGUUUGGAGGUGCUGGCGGUAAUACCGACCUAAAUAAGGCGGAUGCUUCGACCUUGAUGACCGGCGCCCAAGGUAUGAUGGCAGGCUCAAACGCCAUUAACAACGGGGGUAACACUGUCAUGCAAGGAGGUAAUACUGGUAUGGGAACAGGUACGGCAAGCUCGGGAGGGACCUCUGCUGGAUCUGGUGGAUCUUCAAGUGGCUCAACAUUUGACCCCAAUCAAACGAGCAGUGGUAGUGGUAGCAGCGGGGGAAGUAGCACGGGGAGUACAAGCGGGUCAUCAGCGACAUCCGGCGGAAGUGGAAUGAACAUGUUUAAUCCAAAUGCUAUGAUGGGAGGAGGUAGUAUGAACCCAAUGAUGCCCGGAAGUAGCAGUGGAAUGAAUCCAAUGAUGCCCGGAAGUUCAAGCGGUACGAACCCGAUGAUGCCCGGAAGUUCCAGCGGUACGAAUCCGAUGACGGGUAUGAAUUCCGGAACGAGUACUCGUGUAUCUUCGGGAACUGGAGGAUCAAACCAAGCUUCUCCAGCUGCUUCCCCUCUUGAUCCAUUAGGUUCUAUGACAGGUGGAGCAAAGAAAUUUUCUGGAGGAAAUAAUCUUAUGGACCCUAUGGGUUUCAUGGGAGGCGGUGGACUGACGGGAAGCAUGGACAACAUGUUCUCUUUGACUGGAAGAGCCAUCCAUAAGGUUCAAGGUAUGUACUACUUGACAAAGAAUAUUGUUCGGCUGGUUCUUAUUCUUGUUAUGAGUCAUUCGUGA